AUCAGGUCUGCUUCCCGAGCUGACCAAUGGGAGUCGGAAGCGUUGGCUAGGUGUGAGGGGCGCGAGGCAGCGAAUGGCGGACGCAGUGCUGUUCGAGUUUCUGCACACCGAGAUGGUGGCGGAGCUGUGGGCCCCGGACCCGGACCCUGGCUCGGGGGGAAAGAAGAGGAGUCUGUCAGUCCUGGAGGGCCUGGGCUUCCGCGUGGGCCAGGCUCUGGGUGAGAGGCUGCCCCGGGAGACACCGGCCUUUAGGGAGGAGCUAGAUGCCCUCAAGUUCCUAUGCAAAGAUCUGUGGGCGGCCAUGUUCCAGAAGCACAUGGAUGGACUCCGCACCAACCAUCAGGGGACCUAUGUGCUGCAGGACAACAGCUUCCCCCUUCUCAUCGCCAUGGGCUCAGGGCCACAGUAUCUAGAGGAAGCCCCCAAGUUCCUGGCCUUCACCUGCGGCCUUCUGUGCGGCGCCCUCCAUACGCUAGGCUUCCAGAGCCUGGUCACCGCCUCCGUGGCUUCCCUGCCAGCCUGUAAGUUCCAGGUGGUGAUCCAGAAGUCCUGAGGACCCCAGGCUUGCCCUGCCCCAACCUCAGCCUCAGAAUGUGGCCCCUGGCCCUGCCACAGUGCUCAUCUUCAUAGGAGGCCUUGAAGCUGAACUUGCAGGCUCUGGGGAGAUCACAUGUGCUUCAGACAAGGGAAUGAAAGGACCAGGAGGGUCCCAGGAGGUGGGACCAUCCCAUGAGUUCAAAGCUGGCAUGGAGGGACAUUAGGGCAUCACCCAGAUGGCAGAUGUUCAAUAAAGGGUCUUUAUGUGGA